AUGAUCAAAACAUGGAUUAGGUGUUUGACCACAGAGGUCAGAUACCAUCAACCUAAUGCUCAUGGCAGGAGUUUGGUUAUGAGCGUUUUGAAUUCUACAGUGACUAAAAGGGAAGCGAAAGACUAUUUGAACAAAUAUACCGAUGAGAAUAAUCAUCACUACUGUCUUGUAUUUUUGAGACAUUUGUCCGAAUAUUCAGAUAACGUACUUAGUGGGUUUAGCAAGACUGUGUCAAGAAUUCAAACACUCGGACUAAGACCAAUUUUAAUAGUAGACCCGCUAUGCCAAGACAUAUCAUACCAAAGUCAGCGUUUGGACAAUCAUUUGCAUGAUCAGAGUCUGAAGUCAAUAAUCGUAUUAGAUCCCAUUACCAUCGGUGAACGUGGCUCAAUUGACGUAAAACUUCCGAUUUUGAACCCGCAUAUUAUUCCGAUUAUUGAGCCAUAUCAGUACCAUGAGAAGGAAGCUUUUAAGAAAUUGGCUGGCGAUCCAUCUCGAUUCUUAUCAUCUCUAGUGAGUAACUUGCCCAUAAAUAUCGACAAGGUGUUCCUUAUCAGCAAGUAUGGUGGAUUGCCGUCUGUGGAAAGACAUACAAACAGCCAUGUCUUUGUAAAUUUGUCACAAGAAUAUCGAGAAUUGAGAAACAGUUAUCAAAAUCAAUUGGAGAAACUAGAAUCUAUUCAAGUGGAUAAUACUGAGAAGAAUUUGGUAGAAUCUCUACAAUUAUUUUUGAAUCAGGAUAAGAUUCUUAGUAACAGCGAUCAACUGAAAUGUCAUAUGGAAGACCUUGAAAUCAUGAAUAAAACGCUAUCAGUUCUACCACAUUCGUCUACUGGGCUAAUUACCACUAUUUUAGCAGGGUCCAAAUUAUCAGAUAAUAACCCAUUGGUAUAUAAUAUCUUGACUGAUCGUUCAUUGAUAUCGUCAUCUUUACCUCGAUUCAAAAGAUCGGCUGCGGCUCAAUCGAAAAGCUGGUAUGAGCUUCCAUCUUCCAACGUGGAAGAGGAAGUCACUUCCGCAAACGAUUCAGUUCUUGUGACUACAGUUUUCAAGAAGGGGAUUGAUAUCCAUAUAUUUGACUUCAGGACUUUGACCGAUGAUAAUUCCAUAGGUCUACCACCAUCGCAAGCUACUCAAACUGGCAAAUCUGACCCAGUAUCGAAAAAACUCGAUUUGAAUAAACUGAAUGGGAUAAUCAAUUCAAGUUUUAAAAGGUCAUUGGACCUAUCACAUUAUCUCGGCAGGAUCAAUGGUAACAUAGCGAGCAUAAUCGUAAUAGGAGAUUAUGAAGGUAUUGCAAUUUUGACAUACGAAGGGCCAAAGGACAAGCAAUUCGUAUAUUUGGACAAAUUUGCGGUAGCACAAAAAUUAAAGGGCUCUCUCGGAAUAUCUGAUAUCAUUUUCAAUCUGAUGUUUCGCAAGUUCCCACACGAACUAAUUUGGAGAUCUCGUGAAGACAACGUAGUAAAUAAAUGGUACUUCCAAAGAAGUACCGGAGUGCUUCAUUUAUCUUUAGACCUAGGUAAUGAUGAUCAGAAGCAGAGUAUUUUCAAAUUGUUCUAUUAUGGGAAUCCGGAAAGCGAGUCAUUCCAUAACGUCGAAAGAUUGAGAGACUACGCUAAAUACGUCAGGGAUAUUACUCCAAGUUGGCAUAAAUGA